UGUUGCCAUCGUUUGUUAAGGCUGGGAAGUCCCUUUUCUGGUCUUCAAUCUGAAAAGGAGAAUUCGGUUUUUGAACAUUAAUAAUUAGAGUUUUAGCACUGUUAAAUUACAACUUAGAACAGGUGUUUGUGAGAGGUGUUUUAGUUAGCUAGCUGGAGAACAACUUAAAUCACCAUUAGACAUAUGUUCUUCAGCGUGAGGGUGUCAAACAGCUAGCUGGCUAGCCAGGCUCUUUGUGUGGUGAUGUUUUGUUUUUAUUGAACAUUACAGCUCUCGUGGCUUGUUAGAUCAUUUGUAAUGUGUAGAAGCCAACAGCAUUGAUUUGCAUACGGUGCACAUAUCUACUGAAAGGUUAGAGAAAUAGGUCCAUUGACGUUGCAAAGCGACAAAAGGAGUUUGAUGAGGAGAUGGGAAAUUGCCUAAAAUCACCAACCUCGGAUGAUAUUUCCUUGCUUCAUGAAUCACAAUCGGAUAGAGCUAGUUUUGGUGACGGGGCAGAUCCAGAUCAGGAACCCCCACCGCCGUACCAGGAACAGCUCCACCUGCCAGUCUACCACCCCACGCCGGGUCAGGCCCGUCUAGCCAGCCAGCUGACCGAGGACGAGCAGGUCCGCAUUGCCCAGCGCAUUGGCCUCAUCCACCACCUCCCCAAGGGAGUGUAUGAUGCAGGAAGUGACAGCUCUGAGAAGAAAAUCAGAGAGUGUGUGAUCUGCAUGAUGGACUUCGUGUACGGGGACCCCAUCCGGUUCCUGCCCUGCAUGCACAUCUACCACAUGGACUGUAUAGACGACUGGCUGAUGCGCUCCUUCACCUGUCCCUCCUGCAUGGAGCCUGUGGAUGCUGCUCUGCUCUCCUCCUACGAAACCAAUUGAGGAACGCCAACGGCCCUCUACAACAUCCUCCCUGCUUGUCACUGUUCUGACUUAACACCCCCCCCCACACACACACACACACACACACACUUAGCACCUGCAAGCCCAGAUGACAGCACUUGCAUCACCGGGGAGCUUUUUAGGGCCACGUGGUGGUAAUGGUUCGCCAAAGGUGGUUGGAUGACUAACCAAGAACUCUGCUGGGACCCACUGGCCAAGCCUGCUGGACAGGAUAUGUCAGGCUAGGGAAGGACUUUGGAUAAUGGUGAUCAAGAGGAGGUUCUUAGCGUAACACGUCACCUUCCAUCCACACUUUGAUAUCAACCAAAGCCCAUUCCCUCAACAUUGUGUUCAACUCAACGUCUGUUCUUUGAGUCAUCCUAAGGGCUCAGUAGAUUAUAUUUACAAAUGCAGAUGAGCAGACUGUAAUACACACAAGCCAGAAGAACCUGUGCUUUUGUUCAAGUUUUAGUGGAAGAGAUUAGCAUUAUUAUGCUCUCAAGUGGUUUAAAAUAAAUGCAAAUUUCACCCCGUUCAGUAUCUGCAACACAUAUUAUUUUUUAUUUUUUUUUACACAGUGACCCUUGGAUCAGUUUGCCUGAAGUUGACUUCAUACUUAAUUAGUUUCUUAGACUAAUGAUGGAUCAGUUCAAAAGUGAUAUUGGAUGACAAGGUUUCGGGUCUGCAUUAUUUCCAAGUAUUAGGCCUCCUAAACAUAUUCAUAUUCCAUCUUUACUGCUCUUGUUUACCACUUUUUAGAUUGCACAUUGUGUUCCAUACCAGUAUAUUCAACUAUCACCGUCACCUAAUUCCUAGUCUUGUAAUCCAUAUCCUACACUAAAGCAUACACACUGGAGUCAUUGAGUUAUUUUAAAAUGCCUACAUUUAGUUAAACGCCCUUGAGUUUAUUUAUUAGAUCAGAAUAAUAAAUGGAUUGUUGUGCAAAGAGUUUGAAUAUCAAAGCUAACCACCACGCCAACUUUGAUUUUAGUACAGCAGAGUGUAUUUCUGUGACUUUUGAACCAUAGUGAAUUUCUAUUUUGGCUGAAAAUGACAAACAAGUGACAAAACACACUAAGAGAUUGUGCUGGAGAUACAAAUGAAUAACGUAACUAUUUCCAACAUUAUACAUACCCCUUCAAUUUGUAGCAAAUUUUUUGCGAUAAUGCAAGUUUCUAUACCAUUUAAAAUAGUCUUGUAAUUUCCACCAUGAGAGAGCAUUCUAAUUACCUAUAAACUGAGAACAGCUGAACAGCAGUUCUCUAGUCAGUUACUAGUCAACGGCAAGUCAUGGUUAAAACAGAAAUGGUUACGUUAUUAAUUUGUCUCCAGCACAAUGUCUUGCUGUGUUUUGUCACGCGCUGAGGUCAUUUGCAGCCAGAAGAAACCUAUUGGUCAAAUAAAAAUUCACUAUGGCUCAAAAUUUGGCAUGGGAAUGAAUACUUUUGGGCUUAACUGUAUGUAUUACCUUAUUCUGCUUGUAAAUAAUGCUCUUUCUUUUUUUUAAAGACUUUAUGGAUUUUCAUACUUAAAUCUAGAAAGACAUCCUUAAUGUAUUAUCUUCACAUGCCAAGGUCGGUUAACUACCAUUUAAUCAGCACAAUUAGUUUAGCAAAAAGUUGUUAAAAUAAUGUUUAUGGUUUUUGUCAUGUCCAAUUAUUUUGUGUUUUUAGGGAAACAUUUGUAUUUCUUUGGGGGCAAGUCAGCUUCAUGCUAAAUGAUUACUAUGAGAUAUAAUUUUAUCAAAACGUAUUUGAGAUACGAAACUCUCAAAAGCUGAUUUCAUUUGGGGGGAUAUUUGAAUUUCCUGUAUAUUACUGUGAAAGCACAAGUGACAUGUUAAUCUAUUUUUGGAGGUGGGGUACAUUAUCUACUUCACAAAGGAUGUAGUAACUUAUUACUCAGUCUAGCCCUCAUUCCAGACAAUUAAUCUCUUUGUCAUUCAGAGGACUAGUAAUAAUUGGAAGGCAGGCCUAUGCUCUUUGCACAUAUGUUGCCAUAGUAAGACUGGUCUCUAUUUUUGUUAUAGAGAGAAUGGGGAGGGGCACUAGUUUUUGCACAGUACUUUUACUUAUUUUUUGAAUCUCCAUUCAAUGUGGAGGUCUACUGCCUUAGGUCUAAAACGAUGGUUGUUGAUUGGCUCCUAGGCUGGCAUGAGACCAACUUUAGCUGAUAUAGAGGCCAGACAUGGACAAUGAAGGACCCAUUGCCCAUUACUUUUGAAGAGGCUAAAAUAAUGGAAAUUGUAAAUCAACAAUGUAAUUGUGCACUUCCUGUUAUCUGCAGCCUCCAACAACAUACAUUGGAGAUGUGCACAGCAAUACCAUCAGAUAUACAGUAUGUAAGGCAUGUAAAGUGUGUUUGUGUGGAUCCCUGUGAGAAUUUUCUUUGUUAUGUAUACAUAUGUACUAUUGGCAAAUAUUAAAUGAAACUAUGCUAUUGAA